AUGACGAUCGUUGAAGAAAAAGGAGGAAGCUUUGGAGAAUGCUUGUUGAGUUUGUUAACGAGAUUCUUCGUCCAGAUCCGGUCGGUGAUCACCAAAGAUUCCGGAAGCUCGAAGAGAGAAACUGGGAAGAAAGAAGAAGAAGAUCAGGACAAGAAUGUGCAAAAGAUAAUCGAAAGAUCAAUAUAA